AUGGUCAACCUCUUCGCGCGCGUCGAGGACCGCCCGACUCCCAAGGCGGUCUACAACUGGCGUGUGUACGCAUGCGCCAUCGUCGCUGCGACGGCAGCCAUCAUGAUUGGCUACGACUCUGCCUUCAUCGGCACGUCCAUGGCCCUCGCGUCGUUUAAGAACGAGUUCGGACUGGCGCACAAGACGUCGAAAGAGUUCGCCGCCAUCUCGGCCAACAUCGUCUCGACGUACCAAGGCGGCUGCUUCUUUGGCUCGCUUGUCGGAUACCCGCUGGGUCAGAUCCUCGGUCGACGAAUCGGUCUCUUCAUCUCGGCACUCGUCUUUGUCCUCGGCGCAGGCGUCAUGCUCGCGGCUGACGGCGCACGCGGUCUCGGACCUAUCUACGGCGGUCGAAUCGUCGCCGGACUCGGAAUCGGUGCCGCCUCGAACUUGACGCCCCUCUACAUCUCCGAGAUCGCGCCUCCCGCUAUUCGUGGACAGCUCGUCGGCAUGUACGAGCUCGGCUGGCAGAUCGGCGGCCUCGUCGGGUUCUGGAUCAACUACGGCGUCUCGGAGAACAUCCCGUCGAGCCACAAGCAGUGGCUCAUCCCCUUCGCGGUCCAGCUCAUCCCCGGCGCGCUCUUCGCCAUCGGCAUCCCCUUCUUCGUCCGCGAGUCUCCUCGCUGGCUCAUCACCCGUGGUCGCCGCUCCGAGGCACUCAAGAACUUGUGCUACAUCCGCAAGUUGCAGCCUGAGGACGCGUACAUCAUCAACGAGAUGAACGAGAUCGACGUUCAGGUCGAGCACGACCGCACGGCUGUUGGAGAAGGCUUCUGGGCGCCGUUCCGACAGGUCUUCGGCAAGGGAUUCCUCUUCCGCCGCAUGCUCAUUACGACGUCGUUGUUCAUCUGGCAAAACGGCACGGGCAUCAACGCUGUCAACUACUACUCUCCCACAAUCUUCAAGUCGCUCGGCAUCACCGGCACCAACACUUCGCUCCUCACCACCGGCGUGUUUGGCGUGAUCAAGACCGCCCUCGCGCUCGUCUGGUGCUUCGUCAUCAUCGACAAGUUCGGUCGUCGCGGCAUCCUCCUCGUCGGCGCAGUCGGCGGUGCCAUCUCGAUGUUCGCGAUUGGCGCGUACAACAAGAUCCAGAACCCUGCCGCUCACCCGACGCCCAACCUCCCGCCCGGCGGAAAGGCAGCCAUGUUCUUCUUCUACCUCUGGACCGCCUUCUACGCCGUCUCCUGGAACGGCACGCCUUGGGUCGUCAACUCGGAGGCUUUCCCCGGCGCUGUUCGCCAGGUCACGCAGUGCUUCGCCGCAACCUCGAACUGGCUCUGUGCAUUUGUCAUCUCCCGCGCGACUCCCACCAUGUUCCUCAACAUGGGCCACUCGGGCUACGGCGUCUACCUCUUCUUCGCGACGAUGCAAGUCCUCUCGGUCCCCUACAUUUGCUUCCUCCUCCCCGAGACGCGCAACAUCCCCCUCGAGGAGAUGGACCGCCUCUUCGCCCAACGCAACGUCUGGAACGCCAACAAGAUCGUCAUGGCCGAGCUUCGGCGCGAGCACGAGCUGGGCGCCAAGAACCCCGCGUACCUCAAGCCUACCGCGAGUCAGGAGCAGAUCGAGAACGCCUCGUCCAGCGAUGGCGAGAAGGUUUGA